ACGGCAAUUGAAACGAUGGCAAGUAUUCUAUUCUGUUUCCUGGGAAGUCUUCUCCUCCUUCAAACACUUGAAGUGCGUUCAAAGUCAAUGGAAAGGAUCGUCAAUGGUCAGCAGGCCGGAGAAGGACAAUUUCCAUAUAUUGUCGCCCUGUCAAUCCAACGAAAGGUCAAAUUCAACUAUUGUGGCGGCAGUAUAAUAGCGAAUGAUUGGAUUCUAACUGCAGCACAUUGCACCCAAAAUGCACAACGUGUUAUAAUCUACUAUGGAUCAAUUGAAAAAUCUAAGGCCCAAGUUGUAGUUGAAGUCCAAGCAAGAAGCAUCAUUCAACAUCCUAAAUAUGACAGAACAGAUUUAACGAAUGAUAUCUCAUUGAUACACAGUAAAUGGAUAGAUUUCAAUGAUCGCAUUCAAAGGAUUGCCCUGCCCAGGCCUGAACAGUUUGGUGAAUCAUUCGAAGGUCAAUGGUCACAAGCCGCUGGCUGGGGUUCGACUUCUGAUUACAAUUUACUUGCAAUUCCUAAACUAUUGCAGUGGACGAACCUAGAAAUUACUCCCAAGUCUUUGUGCGAAGUGGCGUAUUCAGAUGUGGCAAAUAUCACAGAGAAUGUGCUGUGCGCGGGCUCACCAUAUCAACAAUCCGUUUGCGCUGGCGAUUCUGGAGGACCUCUUGUCCUUAUUAAAGAAAAUAUACUUGUAGGUGUGUCUUCAGCUGUGCACCCACUGGGCUGUAGGCUAGGUUUUCCAGCUAUUUUUACCAAUGUUUCUAAAUACUUAGAUUGGAUACGUGAGACUACCAAUUUGACUAUUUAAAAAAUAUUUACAAUUCGAUUUUUUGACUAUUUUGCAAUACGAUUUGAAGAUCAACUAUAAAUAAAAUGCAAGACGGUAUAAAGACUGUUAAAUUAUCUAAAUAAAAUUUUAUAUAUUAUUUGUCUCGAUAUUAAA